AUGAUUCAUUGGAAAGCUCCUCCUGAAGGGUGGCUCAAGGUAAAUACCGAUGCGGCGGUAUUUCCAGGUAGGCAGCGGAUUGGGAUUGGUAUUGUUGUCCGUGAUUGGUUGGGUAAUAUUGUGCUAGCUAGGCAGUGUAGCAUGUUCGGUUGUUACUCUCCCCGUCUAGCUGAAAUUAUGGGGAUCCGGGAGGCUCUUAGUUGGCUAAAAGGCGAAGAUAAUAUUAUUGUAGAGUCGGAUACGAUGGAUGUAAUUCGGGAGAUAAGAAAUCCGAGUAUUGUGGAGCUAGAAAUGCUAGUGGAGGACUGUUUGGAGCUUAUAAAGCAGUUUGAUAAUAUUUGUUUUAUUUUCGUGGGACGAUGUGCGAAUCAGGCAGCGCAUGUUUUAGCGCAAUAUGUCAGUUCCAUUUCAGGUCAUCAGGAGUGGGCUUGUCACUUUCCUGAAUUUCUCACAACUGUAACUGCUUCUGAUAUGAUUUAA